CUGCGCUAUAGCGCACGGAGAUUUACACAGACUCAAAUUCAAAGGAAUACCAAGGCACGUGCGUUUUAUUUGUUUUGCUGCGUUUUUCUUUUCUUUUAUUAAUUCUUUUGACGUCUGCGCUUUUUCUUAAAAGUAUGUCCUUUGCAUUCUUUGGCUAUUUAUACACUUAAUAGAGCCUCUUGGCGCAAAGGUUCAUAUUUGGAUGAUUGUUGUCAUUGUGUGAACUUCAGUUUGGAAUAAUGAAGAAAUUCACCUGUGUGGCUCUUUUAGCCUUUGCAUCAGCUUGCAUGGUUGACGCCAGUUGCCCAGCUGCGUGUGAAUGCCCCUCCAUGCCCCCGAUGUGCCCAGCUGGUGUGAGCUUGGUGUUUGAUAGUUGUGGGUGCUGUAAAGUGUGUGCUGCUCAACUCAACCAGGACUGCAAUGCUCACAAGCCCUGUGACCACCAUAAGGGUUUGGAAUGUAAUUACGGCAAUGAUGUGAUGCUGGGAAGAGGAAUAUGUCGAGCCAAACUGGAGGGCCGGAGCUGUGAGUACAAUGGAAAAAUGUACCAGAACGGUGAGAGCUUCCGUAUGGGCUGCAAACACCAGUGUACCUGUAUAGAUGGAGCUGUGGGUUGUGCUCCUUUGUGUACCACCAGCCUGCCCCUAUCAUCACCCUCCUGCCCCUACCCUCGACUGGUGCGGGUGCCUGGCCAAUGCUGCUUUAGUGUUGACUGCCACAAAGGGGCAAUAGCGCCUCUGAUGCCACCAUGGAAAACGAAGCAGCAGGCCAAUGGUCCCCUAGACAAGAGCGGGAACGUGCUGGGGAACGAGUUAUGGGAGAAGAGGAACGGAUGGGAAGACGAUCACGGAUAUAAACACUUACCAAACCCAUGGGCCAGUGCUCAGUCCCGAUGUGUGGUCCAGACGACUGAUUGGUCUCCGUGUUCAAGUAGUUGUGGAAUGGGGGUGUCUUCUCGAGUAACCAACGACAACGCUCAAUGCAAGCUGGAGAGAGAGACCCGUCUGUGCAACAUACGACCCUGCAGCCCGCUGGCUUCUCUUCCUAAGAAAGGGAAAAAGUGUACACGCGUGCAAAAGUCACGCAAACCUGUUCAGCUAUCCUACGCGGGCUGCCAUAGCGUCCAGUUUUACCAGCUGAAUUACUGUGGCAUGUGCACCGAUGGGCGGUGCUGCGUGCCACGGCGCACUCGUACCGCUUCGGUCCCUUUCCAGUGCCCUGGCGGAGGGCGUUUCGACAAAGCAGUCAUGUUCAUAAACUCCUGCAAGUGUGGACAAGACUGUGGACACCUGAAUGAAGCAGCCAUGCCGCCUCAGAAGUGGCUUUACGGAGACACACACAAGUUCAUUGACUAGAUUUCUGUGAAGCUGCGAAGACUUGAUGUGUUUCGUGACGACAGUGCACAGCACACCUGCACUGAAAUGAGAAUAUUUAAGUGUAGUUUAUACCACACAGAACACCGCUGACCCCAGUGAAGGCGUAUACACAGAUUAUCGACCCGUUUUUUUUUUUUUUUUUUUUUUUUUGCUUUGCAGGUUUGGUUGAGAGUUCUGCUGGUCAGCAAGUAUGAAUGGAUGCAUCAUUUUAUUGCAUAUAGACUCACUGAGCACUUUAUUAGGAACACCUGUCCACCGUCUUAUUCAUGCAAUGCUCUAAUCAGCCAGUUGUAUAGCAGCAGCCCAAUGUAUACAAUCAUGAUAGAUACAGAUUAAGAACUUCAGGUAAUGUUCACGUCAAACAUCGGAAUGGGGAAAAAAUAUCUCAGUCUGUAGAGUUUAUACAAAAGGGUGAGAUCACAUUUUUCCCAUCCUGAUGUGAAAUGCUGAUAGCUGGUAUCUAUGUGAUUUCACAUGAUUGGCUGAUUAUAUAACUGCAUGAAUGAGUAGGUGUAUUGGUGUUCCUAUUAAAGUGCUCAAUAAGUUUAGUAUAUUUUGUAGUUUAUACAAAUUAUGUAAGUAUUCUGUAAGAAACAAAAACAAAACUUGUAAAAUAUUUGCACGGAUUUCAACGAGCCAAGGUGAUUACUGUUGUAACUUUUUGUGUGAAAUGAUUAGUGAAGAUUAGACAAUUUGAUUAAGAAAAAGAAGACAAAGUGACAAAAAGGUCAUUAAGGAAGGAAUGAAAAGCACCAGGGUGUGCUGUUGUGAAAAAAUAAUCAUUGACAGGGUGGUGUGAUACUGCCUGACAUGAAAGGGAGUUACUUUUACCCCAAAGUUAUCACUUAAGUUAUAGAAGCCUCUCUACUUUUCCUGUCUGGUUGAUGUAAGAAAUCAUGUUACUAAGAAAUCAGAAAGCUACACGAUAUUGGCAAAAGUUUCGGGACGUCUGCCUUUACAUGCAAAUGAAUGUAAUAUGGAGUUGGCCCGCCCUCUGCAGCUAUAACAGCUUCAACUCUUCUGGGAAGGCUUUCCACAAGGUUUAUAGGAAUUUUUGACCAUUCAUCUAGAAGCGCAUUUGUGAGGUCAGGCACUGAUGUUGGACGAGAAGGUCUGGCUCACAGUCUCCACUCUAAUUCAUCCCAAAGGUGUUCUAUCAGGUCGAGGUCAGGACUCUGUGAAGUUCCUCCACACCAAACUCGCUCAUCCAUGUCUUUAUGGACCUUGCUUUGUGCACUGGUGUGCCGUCAUGUUGGAACAGGAAGGGGUCAUCCCCAAACUGUUCCCACAAAGUUGGGAGCAUGAAAUUGUCCAAAAUGUCUUAGUAUGCUGAAGCAUUAAGAGUUCCUUUCACUGGAACUAAGGGGCCGAGCCCAACCCCAGAAUUCAAUGAUUUGGAGGUGUGUCCCAAUACUUUUGCCAAUAUAGUGUAUGUUACUAAGAACUCUUUAGCCCUGAAGAACUUCUGCUCAUCAUUACCAUUUGAUUAUGUGGAGCAUCUGCCAGACAAAUGUCUGUGGAAGUUCUUACUGUACAAACAAAAGGAAUUAGCUUUUGACCGAUCAGAUUAGAUCAUACAACAGUGCUGUGGAAUCAUUUCCAAUGCCUAAGUUGCUUCCAUUCAUAUACAGUAAAAGAAAUUAAAUAUAGGUGGUGUUUCUAUAUCCCUGCUAAUUGUAGCUACCCAGAAACAAAGUGAGUGAACUAUAGACACACAUCAGGAAUAAUUGAUGAAACACAGGAGCACUCACUGCUAUUUGCAUGCACGAUUAAUAUAUUAUCAGUUUUAAGAUGUCAAUUUUGCACUGAUGGAUCAAGAGUGAUUUUGGCAAGACUGAGGCCCUAUAAUUGUAUUUAUUCAUUUACUAUAAAUGUUAAAAUUAAAAUUAUUUACUAGGUAUUGCUCAUGUUACCAGUUUUCGAUUUAGGCAGCUAAUGUUUCUAAUAUUUGUCUUAUUGCACUAUUACUCAUGAACUCUAACUUCCGUUAAUAAACCAGUAUGAAUGAGACAUGGAUCCAAAAGUUUGCUGCACAAGAGAAUAAAGAAUAAU